AUGCGAGGGGAAUUAACGGAUUAUUUGCAUUCUCAAGUGAAGGAUAUCUCCCUGAGUUCUGCAAGGAAUGCGUCUCAGGCUGACCCUGUGUCCCCAGAGGUUUGCGAGGAUUACGUCUCCAGUCAACCUCGUGUCCCUAGAGUUCUGCGAGAAUGUAUCACACAUGUGGCUACAUGUGUGGAUAUUCUUUGCCACCCUAGCCACAUGCCCGACUUGGUUGCACAUGUGGUAUGGCUUUAUUGUAAAAGGUUGGGUUAUGGACUUCCCUUCGGCCCUGGCACCUACCGUUUCGUCAAGCAUUUCGCCUUCCUAAGAACAAAAGAAAAGCUGCAAAGGCAGAAUCCUCUCGGCCUCGCGACCGCAGUAUUGAAGGCCGAGGCCGAAGGCCGUAAAAGACACGGCUUAAAAAAGCUAUGGUUGAAUCGCCACGUGGCCUCAAGGCCCCACACUCCAUUUAAUGAAUUAAUGCCUCUGACUUCGCAGCAAACUCACUAG